AAGUGGGACCAGAGAGUUUGUUUUGUUAUUGAAGGUCACGUGCGCGACGAAGCUCCGCCCCUCCCCCCAGCUUCAAGUGUGGAGCUGCGCUGGUCGGUCACUUACUUCAAAAUGGCUGCACAGGCUCUACCGCCGCCGCCGACGACGACGACGUGGACAAGAACGCGAAAGGACGAUUGAAAGCUUCGACGCUGAGAGAAGCGACAAAUACAAGUCUUGAUCCGUUUGAUGGAAGAUAAGAAAAAGAAAAGGCAAGAGGAGAAGAAAAAGAAAGAAGCUGCUUCGAAGAAGGACACAGAACAGAUAACCAAAGUGCCAGACUCUGCCAAUUUCGACUCCGUCCCUUCUCACCCUCCUGCCAACCCCAGCGUCACCCCAACAGUACCCCCAAGCAGUGGCGAUGGCAAGCGUGCCCACUGUGGAGUCCAGCCUCAGACCACUCUACAGACUCCACUCCAGCCGCGCCACCCGGCCAGAGAGGUGCCCCCGCGCUUCCGCCAGCAGGAGCACAAGCAGCUACUGAAGAGGGGUCAGCCACUCCCCCCAGGGACCCUGACGCUCACGUCUACAGGAUAUCCCACCACCCCUGAAGCCGCAGUAGCCAGUAACCUUGAUUCUUCCUCAACUAAUCUGCCCUCAGAACUGCCCCCACAGAGCAGCCAGGGAGCCCAGUAUGAUAAUCCCCGCUGGGGGCACCUGCAAGUUGAGAGAAGUGCCACAAGUGCUGCAACUUCCACUAGUUGCAGUGAUCAACUGAUCAUUGACCAGAAGGAUACAGAAGCUUGGCCUUCUAUCACUCUUAGCCAGAACAAAGCCCCUGAAGGAAGAUGCUCUUCGGAGACUGACCCUGGUCACUUGACCAGCAGCAGUAGCACUUGUAGUACCAGUAGUAACAGUAGUAGUACUAGUAAUAAUAGUGAUUGGUGUUGUAGAACAAGUAUGGCCACAGGGGCCAAUGGCCAGACAGGCCACUUCCCUGUCAACCACCUAAGCAGUAAGGCCAACACUGGACUCAGCCCUGCCAAUCAUACUGGAACCAACAUGCACUCAAGCCAGGUUGCAGCCAAUCGAAGCUGGGGCUCUGGGUCUGGACCGUCUCUGUCCUCAGUGAGCAGUGAAGGGAAAAAUGACAGUCCAGCGGGAAUGGGGAGCAGCAGAGGUUGGGGGUCUUCAUCAUCCUCCAACACCAACUGUAACUUGAACUUGAACCCUAAUGCUAAUCCAUCUGCGUGGCCUGUGUUGGGCCAUGAUGCGGGUGCAGCAGGGGUAGGCAGCUCAGGGGGAGGCAAUGUCAUUUCACCCCCUCAAUCUACAUCCAACUUCUGUAAUCCUACUGGCCCCCAAACAUCCCAGACCAGCACUUAUACUGGAGCCAACACUAACAGUAACUCUUCGGGUAUUGGCAGUGCCUGGGGUAGCAUAAUGACCUCUGAUGCAUCAGAGCCACACCCUUCUGCAUCCACGAAUGUGUCUUUCAGUUCAGAACCUCAGAACCUUAAAACUGAUGGACCAAAUCACAUUAAUAAGCAGGAACAACCUAGUCCCAUUCACCACCUGCCAAGUUGGGGCAACGCACCUGUUGGCCUGGGUACUGUAAAUCAACCGGCAUCAGGGGCCAAACAGGUCAAUGGAGAAGAUAAUACUUCUGUUUGGGGUAUUGGUAGUGACCCAAAGGCACAGUCACCUAAGGAGUUAUCUGGCUGGGACUCUGGCUGGAGCCAGAGUGGAAAUGGGUCAGGAAAUUCUGGAGGCUGGGGUGAACAGUCAAGUGGAGACUGGAGCAAGAAGCAAAAUGAAGACGCUCAGGGAGGCUGGGAUGGCCCCAGCUCUCCCCCCCAGGACCCACAAAAUAGUUCUUGGAAGAGAGCUGUGAGCACAACUGCCGCCAGUGAAGGAAGCAGUGACAGCAUGGAAGGACAUCCUAGGUCCAAACAUCAUUCAUCCAGAGAGCCCCCUGCUCCUCUGCUGCCUGCCCAGGAUCUCGACCCUAGGGUAUUAUGUAAUACUGGAUGGGGACAGACCCCUGUCCGCCAGCACACCUCCUGGGACAUGGACAAUACUAAAACCAAGAAUGACAUUGCCACUGAAUCCUGGGACUCACAAACUGGUCCUUGUGAUGCCCAGGGGCCUUCUAAUACUAAUACAGGUCCACCGCAAAGAACUGACACUGGGAGCAAAAAUGAGGUGCCUGCUUCUCAGGGAGCUUCUGGUUGGGGAGGAAACUUAGCUGCUAGCAACCAGCCCAGCUCUGGCUGGGGAGAUCAAUCCAACAACAUUAAGCCCCCAAGUGGUCCAGGUGGCUGGGGAAAUCUACCAAAAGGAGGCCCUACCUCUAGUAUCCCCAAGAAUAGUGGUCAGUCUUGGGGUGAAGAGAAGUCAGCAGGGUGGGAGGAUUCGCAUGGUAAGCCAACAACCCAGAACUGGGGAGAACAACCUAAACCACCCCACAGCUGGGGCAAUAGCGGAGGAAGCAACUCUGCAAAUGACUGGGGAGAACCUGAAGAUAGAAAAAAGAAUCUACCUAACGCUGCCUGGGAGGGAGAAACAGGGGGCUGGAAGGAAACUCCUCGUGGCUGGGGAAUGCCUUCAUCAGGGCAAGGGAUGUCUGGUACUGCAGGCAAAGCAGGCUGGGGAGAGCCUGUUAGCCCGCGACCCAGUGGCCCUCCCCAGGGUUGGGUAGGCAAAUCUCAGGAUGGACCCGGUAGUAGCAUAGGAGGGGGGAUGGGCUCAUGGAGUGGUCCAGGCUCUGUGAAGCAAGGCUGGACCGGCAGUAAGCAGGAGUCCUCAGCUGAACCUACUGGUUGGGAAGAGCCGUCUCCCCCCUCAAUCCGACGCAAGAUGGAGAUAGAUGAUGGGACCUCCGCCUGGGGUGAUCCUGGUACCUAUAACAAAUCAGUAAACCUGUGGGACAGGAACAAUCCAGGAAUGUCCCAAGCCAAAGCUACUGCUGGAGGCAAUAACCUUAUAGGCCCCAACAGCAGUCAUCCUCACUCUCACAAUCACGCUUACCAAGGACCUCCUGCACCUUUACAGAAUCAUGUCCAAAAUUCCCCAAACCCAGGUCCGACAAGUGGGUCAGUGGAUCCUAUUUUGCAGCACCACUCGGGGUCAUCUCACAACAGGGGCCCUCUCAUUGCUCAAGGUUGGGGAGAGCUACCCAGCUCCCAAUCUAAGCCGGAAAGCUCCUGGGGGGAAGCUACACCCUCAGCAGUCAACGUGGACAACGGUACAUCUGCCUGGGGAAAACCAACUGGGGGCCCUACUGGCUGGGGCGAUGGUAACGCAGACAACUACAGUAGGGGUAACCCAGCUAUGACAUCUGCAUCUUGCAAACCCGCCGCCAAACCUAUGCAAGACGGAUGGGGAGGCGGUGGUGAUGAGUUGAUCCUCUCAGGAGGCCAGUGGGAUGCAGAAGAGGGAGACAUGUGGAACAGCACUGCUUCCCAGGAGAGCAACUCCUCCACUAACUCUUGGGGAAACGCACCCAAAAAGAUCCAACAAAAGGUAAAAGUACCAGGGAAGCCAGAAGAUACCUGGAUUAUGAAUCGUCUUAUCAAACAGCUGACAGACAUGGGCUUCCCGCGGGAUCCGGCUGAAGAGGCUUUAAAGAGCAACAACAUGAACCUGGACCAGGCCAUGAGUGCCCUGCUGGAGAAGAAAACCGAACUGGAUAAGCGGGGGAUGGGAAUGGCUGGCCACGACUACAAUGGGCUGAUCAACAAAACCAUGGGCUGCCCUCGACCUCCACUUCUCUCCAAAGAACCCUCCACGGAUCCUCGCUCACCCUUCAUGGAUAAACAAAUGCAGAGUGGAAUGUUUGGUGGUGGAGCAGCACAAGCCCGGGCCAUGGCUCAGCCGCCUCCUCAGCCGCCAGUGCCGCCUCUCGGCUCCUCUCAGCCUAGUCUACGCGCUCAAGUGCCUCAGUUUCUCUCCCCUCAGGUUCAAGCACAGCUAUUACAGUUUGCAGCAAAAAACAUUGGUCUGAAUCCUGCACUUUUAACCUCACCAAUAAACCCUCAACAUAUGACCCUUCUCAAUCAACUCUACCAGCUGCAACUGGCUUACCAGCGUUUACAAAUUCAGCAGCAGAUGUUACAGGCGCAGCGCAAUGUUUCUGGACCCAUUCGACAACAAGAGCAGCAAGUUGCACGUACAAUCAAUAACAUGCAGCAGCAGAUCCAACAGCAUCAGCGUCAGUUGGCCCAGGCUCUGCUAAUGAAGCAGCAGCAGCAGCAACAACAACAGCAGCAGCAGCCUCCCCACUCUCACACGGGCCUACAUCAUGGCGGGACCAAAUCCAACCUUGAUUCAUUUCCAGGCCACCCCCAGGCUCCGGGCCUCCCUGACCUGCAGACCAAAGAGCCGCAGUCUUCUCAAAAUACUUACAGCCCCUAUUCUCUCUCUGGGCUGAAUCCAAACAUGAAUGUAAACUGCAUGGAGGUGGGUAUGUCUAUGAAGGACCCACCCCAACCUCAGUCGCGCCUGUCGCAGUGGACUCAUCCCAACGCGAUGGAAAGCCUCUCUGGAGGCUCCUCUCCCUUAGAACCCAACAUGAGUAAACAUGGUACCAAUCUGGGCCCUCCUGGCAAGCCUCCUCAGCUGGAUGACUCUUACAGCCCUUAUAACCUUAUGUCCAGCUCGGAGUCUCCGACUAGCCCCCUCGUGCCUCCAGACAGCUGGGGGCAAGCAAAGGGCAGCAGUGACAAGCUGGCCAAUGGGACAAACAUCAACUGGCCCCCAGAGUUCUGCCCAGGCGUACCAUGGAAGGGUCUACAAAAUAUCGACCCAGAGACGGACCCCAACAUGACACCGGGUAGUGUUCCGAGUGGUCCCACAAUCAACACUAACAUCCAAGAUGUCAACCGCUAUCUGUUGCGUGACAGAAGUGCGGGCUCUUCUCCCACUUCAUCUCAGAACGAGGCUCUGCCUCCCUCCUCUGAUUGGUCAGUCAGUGCCUACACUAGCUCAUUCAGUCUGUCGUCCCCGGAGACAGACGAUACAGGUAAACUGUCAGAGAUGAAAUCCACUUGGUCCCCAGGUCCAAUCUCCCACAGUCAAGCCUCUCUAUCCCAUGACAUGUGGAAGGUUCCUCAGGGACCCAGAAGCAGCUCUACAGCCCCCUCACGUCCCCCGCCUGGUCUCACCAAUACCAAGCCGUCCUCAACGUGGGGGGGCAACUCUCUUGGUCUGUCUCAAGGCUGGAGUAGCUCUUACACUACAGCAGGCACCACAUGGAGUACAGACAGCUCCAGCAGAACCAGUAGUUGGUUGGUUCUGAGGAACCUGACUCCACAGAUUGACGGUUCAACUCUGCGCACACUGUGCAUGCAGCACGGCCCUCUCAUCACAUUCCACCUCAACCUGACACAGGGCAAUGCUGUGGUGCGGUACAGCUCCAAGGACGAAGCUGCCAAGGCUCAAAAGUCCCUGCACAUGUGCGUGCUCGGGAACACCACCAUUCUGGCAGAGUUUGCCGGAGAAGAGGAAGUGAAUCGCUUCUUUGCACAGGGCCAGUCGCUCGGCGGGAUGACCAGCUGGCAAGCCACUCCAGGCGCCAAUCAGACCAGGAUGGGCGGCUCCGGGUCCGCGACAUCUCACCCCAUGGGCCACGCGCCCCACUGGAACAACAACAACAAUGGCAGCGGGGGCUCCGGCGGCGGAAAGUCCGGCGGGGAGAUGCUGUGGGGUGGCGUGCAGCAGUAUUCCAGCCUGUGGGGUCCCCCAAGUGGAGAAGAGGCUCGGGUGAUGGGCAGUCCUAGCCCCAUCAAUACGCUGCUGCCUGGAGACCUGCUGAGCGGGGAGUCCAUGUGAGGACAAUGGAGCAAAAACCUUGCAAAAUCAAAAUGGAGAUAAUCAGCACGGGAGUAACCAAUGUAGGUGAAGGAGACAAGAUUAGUCCUCCUCCCCUUUUUCUACUCCCUUUAGUUUUUUUUUUUUUUUUUUUUUUGAGUUAAGUCGAAAAGUCGCAGCAUUGAGGAAGAUGUCUUUCAUUCAUUUAAAGAAACACUUUUUACACGAACUCACUGAGUGAAACGUGUACGCGUGACGGCACAGUGACGAGCUGCCGCCUUUGACUCUUGCCUUUUGGAGGCAAUCAUACUGCACCUCAGAGACCCGUGAGAAGGCGUCAUUCCCAAAGUUGAAAAAAAACAAAACAAAAACAAAAAAAAAUCAAAGCGCUGGUUGGACUCUUCGGCCGUUCGGGACUGUCAGCACUUAUAUUGGCCUUAACCUCGUUCCCGCCCCGAUUCCCUCACUCACUCUAUAACUCGGUGAAGGAGCGUACGGACCCUUGCACACCCUCAUCUCUGAGCCAGUGAAAGUGGAGCCGAGAGUACACGCCGCUGCGGCCUCACGGAAGCAACCACAGCUCACAUCUUCAAACAGUGCAGAGCCUCACACAAACGCUCUCAAAGGGAAUGAUGCAACUCUCUUCGCCUUGUUCAAGCCAUUUAUUUUUGUAGUGCUUUUUUCUUUUGAUUUUCUCUUGAACCAUCACAAACAAAUUUAAGAAAUGCGUUUAUUCAGACGUUUUCACCGGAGAGUGGGAGGAUUUCAGGGGGAUAUCGGGGCGUCGCGUGUACAACUGUAUAUGUGACGGACUUAGAAAAUGAACCACUGCUAUUACCGCCGAGCUGUAACGCCAACAAAAAAAGAAUACUUGGAUGCACUUCAACUCGCAGUUUGGUCUUUGACCGUUUCACUGCACCUCAAGACAGGAAUAAGGUGUGCACUCUUUGCCCCCUUCAGCCGUGCCCCUCUUUUUGUCACAAAACAACCAUUUCAAGCGACGUGCAAUAUAAGCCACAACAGACUGUACCGUCCACGCUCCCUACUGAUGGAGAACCACAAAAUAACUCCUACGUGACUUGCGCCACCACAGACUAUAACUGCCACUAAAUACCCUUAACCCCUCGAGGUGUGAGUGUGUGCGUGUGUGAGCUCAGGAGAGUAGCAAGCGAGUUUGUCUGAUGUUCUAGGACAUUACUUAAAGCACUUCACAGCAGGCGACAGGUGUGUGUGCGUGUGUGGGCAGAAGGCAUCAAACCAAAAUGAAAGGAGCUCGUUUUUACUUUUUUCCCCUGUUUUGCCCAAAUGAAGGGUAUUGGAAAUGAAUGAAGUACAUGUGAAAGGCCUGGUCUGUCAUAGCACUUAACAGAAGCGACCCCAAUCCACUUCGCCCCGCUGACCCCCAACCACUUCAUUGCCAAGAUGGUGAAAAGGACAAGCAACACUGGCAUGAAAAGUGACUCCUUUGGUUCCAUCCUACUUCACUCCAUGGGGGGACCCAGAAUGAACAUGGUAGCAAAGAUAACGAUGAUGUGGUGGGAGGGGGUGACAGGGAGUCAAAACACACCCCCUUGCCAUGUUUUUUUUUUUUUUAUGAAAUGAAGCCUUGUUUCCCAGAGAGGCAUGUUCCACUCGCGUCAUUGGAGGCCAGCCGGCGUCCUGGCGUGGCCGCUGAGUGCCUGCCUGCUUGCGGGACGACGCCCUCCGCAAGCAGACCUCAACCCCUUCUCCCGACGCCGCACCCGACUUCCCUCCUCUUCCUCCGGGCCCAAAGCGGCUCGCCUGUAUUCGAUGUAAUACUACUAUUCUAUUACUACUACUACUAUAACUACUAUUACUACUGCUGCCCUCAGCAACCUCCACUUCCACUCUGAGAAGGAGGGAUUUUGUUUUUCUUAUGUUAAUGUCGAUGUUUGCUGUUAGUGUUUUUAUCAUUGCUGAUUUACGAUAUCAUGGCUUUAUGCAGUGUUAGGCCCAUCAAAACGGACCACCCGUGAGCCCGCUUCCUCUGGCUGUCCGGGGGGCGCCUCCCUCAGCAUACAACACACACACUGGUGCUUUGUUUCACCUCUGGGAGCACUCAGUUCCACUUGGAGCCACCUCCACUGAGACGCAGCCUUCCAUUUCUAUGCAAAGAACAAGGAGGUGUGAACUCGCAGCCAUCACCCCCGACCCGCCUGCCAAACGUCACCCCUCCACUCGCCACCUUUACUACCAAGGCAGCUUCCCGUCAAAAAAGCCCACCCGGACACCCGUUCGCACUCGGGAAUUUUUUUCUUCAGUCUCGUGCCAACUGACAUCCAAAUACCGUGAUCAUGUGAUGACGCCUCCUCGCAUGGCAGGAGGAUCAAGAGGAGGCCAAGCUGCUUUUUUUUCACCAUGAGGAGAACGUGUCCGUGCACUGUUUAAGGUUCACAUCGGGUUUAUCUCUUUUUAAAACCAAAAACAGGAUCGUUAUCAUCGUUUGUUUUUUUUUUCCCCAAAAACUUUAACGAAAACAAAAAAGAUGUUUUAGAACUGUGCACAUUUCAAAACUGAGGCGCACGUCCUGUUUUCCUGCAAUUUGUCGCCUUCUCAAAGCCGGUCACGUUGGAGCACAUUGAACCUCCAGCCUGAGGGUGGCGCCAGCUUGGAACAGGAACUCAAGUUCGGUACCAAGUCUUAAUUUGUAUAGUUUUUUUUCUCUUCCAGAGUCACUUUUUUUGACUUAUCAUUCAACAAAACAAUCACUAAUGCCUGUCUUGUUGCUUUGUUUGUUUGCGUGCAUUUACUCCACACUGGACUUGAAUCAAGGAAGCGACUAAGUCGGAGAUCAAGUGCGCUCCUCAGUUUUUUUUUUUGUUUUUUGCAUGGACUUUAAGGCAACUGGAACAAAAAAAAAUGCGU